UCGGCAAUCCAUGACGCCGUGAACAGCGACAUCUCAGUGUAACCAGCCCGUAUUGUAAUGGUAUUUUCUGUGUUCGAUUUUGUUUUGUAGGGCUUUGUUCCGGAGAACGUGUUGCCAUGGUUGGGUUUGUCGCGUGUGGGCCGAACGAAGCCCUUGUAGUUUCCGGAUGUUGUCACUCAAGCCCCUUAAUGGUCCCUGGAGGAAGAGUCUUUGUCUGGCCUAUUAUACAGAGAGUCCAAAGAAUUACCCUGAACACGAUGACCCUUACGAUCGAAAGUCCGAAGGUGUACACACAACAAGGCGUGCCUAUCUCUGUGACGGGCAUUGCCCAGGUUAAAAUACAGGGCCAGAACGUGGAGAUGCUACGUGCUGCCUGUGAACAGUUCCUGGGAAAGAGCGACGACGAAAUUAUACACAUCGCUCGAGAAACACUGGAGGGUCACCAGAGGGCCAUCAUGGGAACCAUGACAGUUGAAGAAUUGUACAAAGACCGGAAGAAAUUCUCCAAGCAAGUGUUUGAAGUUGCCUCUUCAGACUUGGUAAACAUGGGAAUAACCGUCGUGUCGUACACCAUCAAAGACAUCAGCGACGACGAGGGCUACCUACGUGCCCUCGGCAUGGCACGGACUGCCGAGGUUAAGCGUGACGCUCGCAUUGGUGAAGCUGAAGCGCAUAGGGACUCCCAGAUCAAGGAAGCUUUGGCCGAGGAAGAACGCAUGGCUGCGCGAUAUCUCAACGACACGGAGAUUGCGAAGGCCCAACGUGAUUUUGAGCUCAAAAAAGCAGCUUACGAUAUGGAAGUCAACACAAAGAAAGCAGAGAGCGACCUGGCGUACAGCCUUCAAGCAGCAAAGACUCGACAGCGCAUCAAGGAGGAACAAAUGCAAGUCGAGGUAGUGGAACGCACUCAAGAAAUCCAGGUCCAGGAGCAAGAGAUCUUGCGCAAGGAGAAAGAGCUGGAAGCCACAAUCCGUCGGCCUGCAGAGGCGGAGAAAUACCGCCUCGAAAAGAUUGCGGAAGCCAACCGGAAUCGAGUGAUUAUGGAAGCCGAAGCAGAGGCUGAAGCCGUCCGUCUGAAGGGAGAAGCCGAAGCCUUUGCAAUUGAGAGUAAAGCACGCGCGGAGGCUGAACAACUGAACAAAAAAGCAGAUGCAUUCCGAGAAUAUAAGGAGGCAGCCCUACUUGACAUGAUGCUGGACACAUUGCCAAAGGUUGCAGCAGAAGUGGCUGCCCCCAUAUCGCAGUGCAAACGUGUCGUCAUGGUGUCAUCUGGCAAAGGUGAAGUUGGGGCAAGCAAGCUUACUGGAGAGGUCAUUGACAUCAUCACAAAGACAACCAACAUGGUACAUCAGUUGACGGGUGUUAAUGUUGGAAGCAUUUGCAGCAAAGAACGUAAUCUCGCCACUGCCAGUUGGAACAUCAAAACCGCCCAGGCUGCUAUGUGAAGUCCAGCAAUGCUGUGGAAGAUGUAUUGCCAGUAGAUUGCUUUGUACUGUGAGCCAUCCAGCCUUUCUUGCAGUCGUGUGUGCCGUGCGCUUGUCUCGAACUACGAUACAUCUGUUGGAACCUUUAUGCAUUUCAGAAGACGCGCACGUAAUAAUACGUAAUAAGCCUCUCGCCUCGGUUAGUCCUUCGGUCGUGCUGUAACACCCAUGUACCGAUACCAAUUACUGCUUGGAGCGUUUUAAAAAAUAUGUUUGCGUUGUGUGAGCUAGCAUUGCUUGCAGAGGGCAAAGCAUGGCAUUGCAUUUUGCGGAAGGAGUGUAAAUACUUGUGCUCUGUUAUAACGCCAUUAUGAAGUCGUGGAAAGUGCUAGUCCCUUUUUACUAUAACGUGCAUCUCUGAACUGUUACCAGUAUUUUCGAAAAAUUUAUAUUUUGAUAGCACAGUGUAGAAGCAAUGUGUACUUUAACUGCAUUCCGUCACGUAUUUCAUUGUCCUCUCCUUUUGGCUGUGCGCUGUUUUCGUAUGUACUGAACCUCGGAGCCUUUGCUCAAUGUUGCGCCCCCUAUCCACCGAGUCCCACGACGAUAUUAUACUGCCAUCCAUGUCGUUUUAUUUUGUAAAUACGGAAUCGAAGUAUAUGUGUAUGCGUACUCUCUGUUGCAAGUGAUAGAGCUUUGUCCGUAGAAUAAAGGAGAAUGCUAGUCCUGCCUCUGGUUGCCCAAACACAGGGGGAGAGAAAGAGAAAUUCGUAACAAUAAAUUUGUAAGAUUUCGUGCAGAGAAACAUCUAUGCUUUACCUGAUUUGCCACUACUACAUGGAAAAGUUUAAAAAAUGGAGGACUGCAAUUUUUUGUUAUAAAGGGAGCACUAAAAAGCAAAAGUUUUCUCCUCGCAGACGCCACCAGCUCAACAGCAAUGUGAUUCAUGCGCGAAGAAAGCACGACGUACUAGACUAUAGCGACCAUGUCAUACGGACCCCUUCCGAGCGCCGUAUUUGGAGGCUAGCGGUGGCGCUACUCAUCGGCCCGGUUAUUGCUUCCUAAAUUUCUACAGUACUCUUGUACUUCAGCUUACCUUAGUAUUUUUGUACAAGCGGUGGAUGUCUCUAGAGAGAUGCUUCAUUCUAAAGUUUAUCAUCAUCAUCGUUCUACGCGUCUUAAUAGGAACUGUUGCUGUCGUCUGCUGCGCUAAUCGUGCGUCCGCUUCUGCGCGUUCAAAAUUCAAAUUUCCGUCGUCCAAUCACGAUGCAGAUCUCGCGGGCCGACGAGUAACGCCCCCUAGCGGAUCGUGCGGGGACGGGCUCAUCAUUGAGUUUGCCGAUUAUGACGUGGUCGCUGAAAGCCACACAAUUUACGCUUUCCCUGUUGGGUGCCUCUCGGCAAAUCGUCUGCCCAGUCAUCGUAAGAAAGCAUAAACUGUGACAUCCUUCACGCUCGAAACGCAGACGACAACGGGUUAACCCCGUUCCAUUUGUAUUGCUGACAUGGUCGCCGCAUGUCUCAUUCCCUGGGGAGAAACGUUUUCAUUUUUUGUCCCUCUUUAAGUGAUAACGAUGUGGUGUUGUACUGAAGAGUUCCUUAGACACUCCAGUUUUAUUUGUAGUGCCCUAUUCAGACUCUCCUGUAGUUUUGGGAAUGUGUGUGUGUGUGCGCUACCUCGCUGUCACGAAUCUCUUCUGGAGGCAGUUCAGAUGUAAAGUGUGUGUAGUAUCAAAAUAUCCUGCCAGUAGCAUGCUUUGCUGCAUUAGCUGUGAAAACUUGAAGUAAACCUGUACAGAGAGAAUAUAUAUAGUGCUGCUGCAUGGCCAUUUGGUGACUAGCAAACAUUCAAGCCAAACACAUACUGCCAAAUUUAAUAAAUGUUGAAACAAGCACGUUACAUCAGCACAGCGCAACAUACCGUACGUGAGUUUUGGCUGGCAUCCCAGUCGUCUCUAUUCCCAGAGCAUGAAAAUAAGCAUUGAAUGGGGUCACUAACCUUUACCAUAGCCUGCUGAAAAUGCCGGAAUCUGUAUUAAAACAACACUGAAGUGUUAAAAUUUCUCCUUGCUGAAUGGAAGAUGACAUUUACCUUGAUACCAACACAAAAAAAAAGAACUGGAUUGCAUCGUUCGUGACUUCUGAGCAAAAGGAAGCGCAGAGCAAGCUUUCCCUAUCCUCCCCAAGAAGCGCGAAUGACACAGCUGAUUUGUCCCAUUCCUUUUGUGUUGGAGUCGACGUAACAGAGUUUUUCGUUUGGUGAGGAGCAAUUUUUUUUGCACAUUAGCGCCUGUUUCAAAAGAACCUGACUGCACACUGUCAUGUCCAGUGUGUAGCAUUCAGUGAUGCACAUUGCAGCAAAAACAAAUUUUAAAUCAAGAAAUCCAAGAACACUUCUGAGAAGCAUGGAGAUAAAUAUGUAUAACAAAGUAUAUCUAUCCUUGUAGUUGUGUAUAGGAAUGCAGCAAGUAACGGGCCUGACGUGUUGUUAUCGGUGUCAAUUUUUUACAGCCCAUAGAAAGGCUUCAACUGUUGCUGUACAGCUUUCUUCUCAGGUCUGCUUUCUCUCUGUCGCCUUGGACUCACAGAAACGUCCACGACCUGAGGUUCAUGUGUAUGGUAGCAAUAGCAAUGUAGGUGAUACAACUUCAUUUGCGCAAUUUGGUGCUGUGUCUCUCUUUGUGCGAUACAAAUAAAAGUUUAUACGACAAAAAUAC